GCAAUCGCAUCUCUGAGUUUUUCAAAACUUAACUCGAUGGCCUUUAAUUAUGAUUCAAAGCUUCAUUAUUGAAGAAGAACACAUUCGGCUCUUUGAUUGGUGCUUGCGACUGGCCAACAGUAGGGGCGCAUGUGGAGAAUCCGAAUCUUAUCUAUUUCACCGAAUAGCUCAACAGCAGCAGCAGGCAGUAGCUGUCUCCUUCUCCUACAUUUUCUCUGUUUCUGUCAAAGUAGGAGGCAGAAACUGGAAAGGAAAAUAAAUAAAUAAAGCAGGAAUAGGAUAUAAAUCUUAUUAAUGCUUAUAGUUGGAGGUGGACGAUUUGAUGCAAGCUCCAGUUAUAAGCUACUUUGUCCAGACUCUACUGUUUGUCUUCAUUACCAGCUGAGAGCUGUUCUGCAGCUCAAGAACCCGUGAGAUCUGCCCCAUCUCCUGAGAACAUUUUAAGACUAGCUUGACAUCCUUCGUAUGUUUGCAAUUGCCGAGAGCCAGAUAUUGCCCGUAAUGAUGCAGCUAUAAAUGUGUCUAGAUUUCACAGCUCCUCUUCUCUGUUCUUCUGGGGUUUCCGAGAGCCACUUGUCAUCCAUGGGGUGGAGAGGGAGUUCUAAACGAGUGAUGGCGUUAAAGGUGGCUCUUUUAUGCUGUCUUUCGUUUUGUGUCUUCUCUCUUUUCAAUUUCGCAGAAGGACACAGCGGAGUUAAUUCUGCUCCUUCAGAGGCCUCAAGCUGGAGAAGACAUUCCAAUUAUAAGGCGGCGGCGGAUGUAGCAGGAGGAUGGCGGAGGAGGGAUCGUCUGUUGAUAGGGCCGGGGUCGCGACCGCCGCGGUGUACGUCCAGGUGCGGCACGUGCACCCCUUGCUACCCGGUGCAUGUCUCGGUGCCGCCGUGGCAACAGCAGCAGGCGGACGCCGCCGAGUACUACCCGGAGGCCUGGCGAUGCCGAUGCCGCGGCCGCCUCUACGUGCCGUGACUGCUUCUGCAUCCUCCUACUCUUCGUCGCUUAGAUCGGGAGUGUA